CCGAUUCAUUUAAGAGAUUUAUUUAUUUACUUAUUUAUUUUUAUAUGCAAGUAAUAGUUAACUUCAGCAAAACUUGCAUCUAAUGUUUUGUUUUAUUCACUUCAAGAGUUCCUAUGUUUGUUGUAGGUGGGGCUGUAAAUAGUGUAACACCGGGUGAAUGUUAAAGCUUCCCUCUGUGUGCCCACGCUCAGUCGCGUGGUGCACGCAGAUGGUGAAGCAGAGGAUUGAGAGGGUUUCCAGUGUUAAACUAUACUGACUGUGCCUCACUGUUUUGUUAAGGGAAUAAAUCAGUGUUUCUCCACCUCAUCUGUGUGUGUGACCGUGUUUGAGAGGGAAGUCCAUUUGAAGUCUGCUACAUCUAACUGGUGCCGUGACCCGGAUCCAUUGGUCAGCCGCAGCCGAUCGCCGGGGUCAAGCAGUGUGCUGAGAUGUCCUGGUGCUGUACCGUGUGACAAGGAUCUACGCAGCAGAUAUUCAAGUGAUUCCCAUUGGACAUUUGCACACACAUACGCCGUUAUUCGUCUACAACUCCUACGAACUAUACACAAUUACACACAUUUUACACAUACACAUUUUGGACAUCAGCAUACAUUGGACAUUAACACUUAUUUGGUGACUUGAUUUUUCACUCAAUGCUAUAUUCUGAAUUGAGAUUUUGUACAUUUGGUUGUUUUGGGUUUACAUAUUCUCAAGUUUAAGUUGUAAUAGUAACUCAUAAUUCAGUUUGUGGUAUCAUUAAUAAUGGCUGAAAAGGGACAAAAUACAUCGGAUUUAUUCACACCAUUAGGUGGGAGGGGUAGAGGUUUGUACAGAGUUGAAGGGAAUACAGGAGCCACACCAAAAUUGUUAUUUCCCAGUUCAGUUUCGUUACCAGAGGUGAGCCCGUGUCCUGAUUUAGCGCAGCCAGCAUGUUCAACCCCUUCUGACAGUAACAACAAUGUCACUCAGCAAUUAAUAGAUCUGAUAGGAGAGCUGGGUAGUCAGAUUGGUGAAUCCAUAGCCGGUCGCUUGUUAGCUAGCCAAAAUGUUGCUAACACAACACCCACAACUACAACACAGUUAGGGCAACCUUCACUCGAAACUUCUAAGGUUAGUUUUAUAGUGAGAUCAGACAUUAAAGAACCACCAAUGUUUAAGGGUGAUGAGAGUGACAAGUACACUGUCAAUGAGUGGAUAGAUGUAAUGGAGUUGUAUCUGCAGAAGAGUAGCUGCCCUGAAGCAGAGAAAGCAAGCACUAUCCAAAGUCAUCUCCUUGGAAGAGCCAAAAAUAUCAUUAAAGUAGGGCUUAAAAGCACUGGUUCAGUUAGUGUUGAGAAAAUCUAUGAUAUGCUAAGACACUACUUUAGCGACCACCCUGUGUCCCUCUUGCCACUGGCAGAUUUCUACGCCACUCAGCCUAAAUUUAAGGAGAGCCCUGUAGAUUACUGGGUAAGAUUAAAUUCUGCAGCAGAGCGGGCUAACAGUCAUUUACAGCGCAGUGGCAGUAACAUGGAAAACAUGAAUGCAGAAGUGGCCAUGAUGUUCACACGAAACUGUCCUGACCCUGAGCUAUCUAGUGUGUUCAAAUGCAAACCUAUGAGCAAAUGGUCUAUUGAGGAAAUCCAGGAAGCUAUUGAUGAACAUCAGAGAGAAAACCAAUGUCGUAGAAUCCCCAAUACAGUCAAGCCCCACACCCUCCAUGUAUCUACAGCUAAGGCAGUUCCUGUUUUAGAGGAAGUAAAAGAAAGUGAAUUAACUGCUGCUAAUGCUACAGCGUGCACCCCCAGUAGUCAUUCUGAAGCUAAAGCGUCCCAGUCUAAUUCUGAAGCAUUGGAACGUGUCCUCAACAUGCUGGAGAGAGUGUUGGAACGAACCAGCCAGCCCGCACAUAAUUCUCCAGGGUCCUUUCAGACACAUAGGGCUCGCUUUUCCUCUUGUCGUGUUUGUGGAGAUCCAGCACAUUCCACCCGUUCACAUUGCAUGCGAGAGAGGCGGUGUCUAAACUGUUUGAGGGUCGGACAUCAGCGUAGAGACUGUCCUAAUGUGGUGGAAGCAACCCCGCAGCCAACUGGUACCUCACACUCUCAGGGAAACGAGUAUGCUCGCAUUGGAGAGGGGACAAUGUGAGCAUGGAGAAUGAAACCCUCAUUGACAAGGAUGAACUUCAGAUAUUUGAGGAAAGCUGUAAGGCAACCCCUGAUAAAAAUGUACUUUUUCAAAAUGUGAUGAAGUUGGAAAAAGCUGACAGUCUGUUUUACACCGAUGUCUCUAUUGUAGGAGCAAACGUUACAUUACGUGCACUUCUUGAUAGUGGGUCUAUGGCCUGUACCAUAAACAAGGAAGCUGAGUGCAAGUUAAAGAGUGCAGGGGUUGUUCUUACAUCAAGUGAGAAAAGACCAGAUAUCAUCCUUGUCGG